AUGGCUGAUAUCGACUUCAGCGUGCUUGAAAAAGUCAAGAAGAGGCUUCAGGGGCCUUUGGAUCUCGAGGAUUCCCCUACCCAAGUCAUUGACGAUGCAACCCAAGUGAUACUGAAGCCAGAUACUCAGAACUUGGAUGAUACACAGAGGGUGGAAGAAACACAGCAACCUGAUGAUACAGAGAUUGAUUUUGGCCAGUCUAUGCUCUUUGCACAGCCAACACAGAAAAUCCAGGCACCACUGAAGUUGCAACAAACUCAGGCCAUCAAGCUUCCUCAACUAGGUCUUGAGGAUGUGGAAGUGCUAAACCCCGAUGCUUCUACCCAGGUGAUUCCUCCACGUCAGCAAGCAGAAGAAAUAGAAGCUGACCUCACCAAGGCAUCGCUCACGGACGAGGAGAACGAAAUGGCUGCCGAUAAUGCCGAGACAACCAUGGACUCGUCUAUACAAAAGACCGUCACGACGAAGACCGAGUUGGAGAAGAUCCAAAAGCAGCUCAGCGAGCAGAAAAGAGCCAGGUCAAUCAAGCCUGCUUUUGAAAAACGCCAGAUCGAUCCAGUGAACCGUUUGGUUGCUGCAUUCGAGUCUGACUCCGAGGACGAACCCGCCAAGGUCUUGAGCGACCACGCCCUUCCUAAACUGAGCCCUACAACGUCACCCGUGAAGAACCCCAAAGCUGGCAUGGUUGAGCUUUCCGAUUCCGAAGACAAUUCCGAUUUUGAGACCACUAAUGUGCUCGAUUUCAUUUCGAAAGCACGCUCGCCCCGUCUGCCUGUGAUGAACAUCCAGAAGAACCCAAUGGAGACCUACGCCAUGAACCUCAAGCGCCAGAUCCUCUCGUCUCCCACGCGGCAAAGUGAAGAGAACCCUUCGAUCAAACUCGAUGAUUCUGAUGACGAGGAAAAGGGAAUUCCCGACCUAACGAAAGACCAACGACUCAUGAUAAAGCAAAAGUUUGCCAAAAGAAAGCUCGAGAACACCAAGAAGGCAAUCUUUUCAAGAUUUCAGCAUUUGCAUUCUUCGAAGAACCCCAAUAAGCUUUUCCAAGAACUUAAGAGGGCCAACGCCAGGCAACUCCAUGAACUCAAGCGCGAGAAUGGCGAUGCUGAGCUUAUUGAGGAGAUUGAGAAGGAGGAAGAGGAGAUGGGAACCUUGUUGGAGCGUGAAAUCGAACGAGUCCGUCGUAUCAGAAAGAAGGAGAAACUCAAGGAAAAGGCGGCUCAAGCACUUGUCACAGGUAAAAUGGGUGGAAGUGAUGACGACGAGGAUGCAGACUAUCACGAUGGUCUGGAUGAUGCGGAGGCCGUACCAGACAGUGACGGCGACCCUGAAGAGUCAGACUACGAGCUGGAAGACAACGAGGAAGGCGGUGACGAGACUGAGCUUGUCAAAAGAAGACGCAGGGUUGUACUCUCUGAUGAUGAAAAUGACAGUGCAGACGUUACUCUGUCUCCCGUUAAGAAAGCUCCUGCUGAGCGUGAGAGAAGACACGAUGACAGCUACAUGUUCGGAGGCCCUGCCAAGGAUGAGGAAGAGGUAAUGCAUGUUCAAAGUGACAAUACGCCACAUUCUCAGCCAACUGAGCAAUUUCACGAUUUCACGAAAGAAGAUCAGGAAACUUCUGGUUCUCACAAACUCUUUCAAAACCUUGGUCCUCGCGAUUCUAACUCACAAGCAACCAAUGCUUCAUUCGCAGACGACUCCUUGGACAAGAUGGACUCCCAAAGCAUUUUAGCUACUCAAGCUGAUGUCAUCUCAUCCCAAUUAGCAGCAUCUACUCAAAAUGAUGAACCUUAUUCGGAUGACGAAGAUGAUUACCCUGCGGCUGUUUCUAAAGGAAGGAAGCUAGUCAAGAGCCAUCUUCAGCCUGUUGUUGAGAAUGAAGAAGAGGAGGAAGAUGAGAAGGUGGAUGAAGAAGAACUUAAAGAACGCCUUGCAUUCUACGAGGCGAAGAUUCGCCGCAAGGAGCUCAAGGCACGUCGCAAGCGGAAAGAGUUGGAAAGAAAGGGUAUGAAAGGCAUGGUCGAAGGUGAGGCCGAGGAGUCAGAAGAUGAGUGGAAGGGAAUUGGUGGUUUAGAUAAUGAUGAGAGUGACCAAGCCAAUUCAGAAGAUGAACAAAUGAUCGAUAACACGCUCAACCUUGACUUGAACGAUGAAGAAAUCAGGAAGAAGUUCAUGGAGGAGUACCAGAUCAAGGACAAGAAAGACUUGGAGAAGUUGAUGGAUGAUAUCAAGAAUCAUAGGCUUACUAAGCGGGCUCGUGGCAAUGGUUUCGAUAUCGAAUUGAGUGACGAAGAAGACGAAUUGUUAAUGGCCUAUAGACGUCAAAAACUCGAAGAGCAGAAACAGCGACUCAUGGAAAGUCAGAAGCUCCAGAAGUUGGCGAAGAAUGAUCGUGCUAAGGCCUUUUUUGCGUCGAUCCAAGAUGAGGUUUUGUCUGUGGCUCUUGAUGAGGAUUCAGACGAGGAUGAGCAGGAAUCUCAAUCCACUCAAGAGGAUGCAAAGAAGCGCGAUAGCCAGGCUACUGAGGAAGACGAGGAAGAGUCACAACCUAAGAAGAGAAUUCUACAUCUCGAAGAGUCUUUCGUGCAAAAGAAGUUAUCAUUCCUUUCUAGAAACGAUGAAGAUGACUAUGUUAAUAUCCAAAAUUUGUCUAGACGCCAGCAUGGUAUCAACUCAGACGAUGAGGUCGAGGAUAUCCGUACGCUCAAGAACAGAAGUAUGAUGAACUUGUUCAAGUCUGCUACUCCUGAAGUUGUUGAAGAUGAAGACAACAGCAAAAAGAGACUGAUUGAUGAAGUUGCAACAGAUGACGAUGAUGAUAAUGCCAACGAGAACAGUGACGACGAAUUGUCUCAAGUGUUCAAGAAGCCUUCAGUUGUGAGUCUGUUCAGGUCCUUCAGGGGUAAGGGUGAUGUUCAAGUCUCGAGUAAUUACUUUUCGGGAGUAACUGUUAACAAGCAGUACAAGGUGGCCACUGGUUCGGAGGCAUCCAUCUCAUACAUGUCACGGGCAAGCAAGAAGAAGGAGAACAAAAAGCUCGACUUCAAGAGCACCAAGGCCUUGAAGAUUGAGCAAGGCUUGCGGGAAGUUAAACAGAAGAACUUUUCAAGCAAAAUCUUUAACUCAAACACCAGUUUUGAGUAA